AUGCUGGGAGGCCUGGGGAAACUUGCCGCUCAGGGUCUGGCCCACUGCAUGGAGAAGGCCACAGAGGAAGUUGCUCAUCUUAUGGAGGUGAAGGAGGUGGUGGAGCACGCCAAGGAGGCUGGAGAGAAUGCCAUUUUUGAAGCUUUAAAGAAUGCCCACGAGACAGGGGACAAAGUGGUAGACGAUGUCACUGGGGUGGUGAUCAACACAGUCACAAAUGCUGUCACGCACGCAGCAGAAGACCUGCGCAAACUGGGACAGUGA